UGUGUUGAAAUGUUAAUCCUUCCUGUAGGUCACAUGGAUGCGGGCAGAAGCACCAACUCCCUUAACGCAGCAGUUUAUGUUAAUGACCCAUUGAAACACACCCCACCCCUGCUGGCUGUCAGAGCGCAGCACCUGUAACUGAGCCAGUACCUGCAGGGACACCGGUCACUCUAUUUUCCUUCACCUGAGGGGCCCCUGAUUCUCUGCUGACAUGAUCUGGACCUCUGCAGUCCUUGGCGGGAUGUGCGUCCUCCAAUUUGCAAUGCUUCUCAGAGGUGAAGUCAGCAGCAGCAGCAGCCCCUGGGGCAAGACGGUCACUUUCCGCAGGGAACAAAGGCCCCCACGCCCACGGAGGGACACCAGCGGCUCCACGGAAUCCUCAAACACCUCUCACGGUCCUGCCUUCACCUCCUGUCGGCUGCCCCUCACCCCGAAUGAACACAAGAUCCUGGAUGAUAACACCCAGGAGACAGGGUUUAAUGGUGAUGAUGGCUCCUAUGUUAUCCUCACAUGGGUGGGUGAUGGUACAGGAGUAAUCUUGGUACUGUCAACAAUCAGUGGUCCACUUGAUUCACACCUUACAGGCUCGUCUCGACUUUAUCGAAGCACGGAUUAUGGCAAAAGUUUUCACGACAUCUCUCACCGCAUCAACCACACCUUCAUCAAAGAGGAGUUUGGAGUCAGUGUUGGACCAGGAAGCUCGGUGAUACUGACUGCAGACACACCAGUAGUGGACCACCCAGGAGGGAUCAUCUUCACCUCUACAGAUGCCGGAGCAACUUUCCACUUAAUCCAGCUGCCCUUUCACCUGGCUCAGCCCAUCACCUACCACUUUUUCAACCCUGAUUACUUGGUGGCCCUCAGCAUAGAUGGCGGUCUCUGGCUCUCUCUGGACUUUGGUGCUAAGUGGACAAAAGUUCAUGAUGGAGUUUUCUCUUUUCAAUGGGGAGCAGGCAUAAAUUUGUUCUUCAGCUACAGCCACGUCGAUGCAGUUGAAGCAGAAGAAAGAGGGGAUUUAGUGUUGAAGAGGACAAAAGAUCUUGGAAAGACAUUCACCAUAAUUCAUGAAGACAUCUUCGGUUUUGGUUACAUAGGAGCUUUUCUCUUCUUCUCUGUGAUGGAAGAUCCUGGGUCUCCCCGUGUCAUGUACUUUUCAUCAGACCAAGGAGACACCUUCAGUCAGGCUCUUCUGCCUUCUGCAUCUACAGAGCAGUUUUACUCCAUCUUGGAUGGGGACAAGGACAUGCUGUUCAUGCACGUGGACACACCAGGAGAAACUUUCUUUGGAACUAUGUACACUUCAGAUGACCGGGGAAUACUGUUCUCCAAGUCGCUGGAGCGACAUCUAUUUGAUGGACAAAGGAAAAGUGAUUUUACAAACAUUACCUCACUGAGAGGCGUUUAUCUAACUAAUAAAUUAGACAUUGAUGGCCGAAUAAGAUCUGUCAUUUCCUUCAACAGAGGAGGAACAUGGAGGCCACUGAAGAAACCGGAGAAUGUAAACUGUCCGGGCAAUGUCAAGCGUUGUAACCUUCAUAUUCAUGGAGAACACAGUCGUUACAACAAUUUAGUUCCAAUGCUAGCUCUUUCUGAGCCAACUGCGAUCGGUCUCGUCAUUGCUCAUGGCACGGUAGGUGAUUCUCUUUCGUUAUCGCAGCACCCGGACGUGUUUGUUUCCUCAGAUGGAGGAUAUAACUGGAGAGGGACCCUUAAGGGCCCUCACCACUACAGCAUACUAGACUCUGGGGGUCUCAUAGUAGCUGUGGAGGCCCACCGGGACAGACAAGUCAAGACCAUCAAAUUCUCCACGGAUGAAGGCCGGUGCUGGAAGUCAUAUAACUUCACAGAGCAGCCCUUCUUCUUUGCAGGCUUGGCCUCAGAGCCAGGCACCAAGGCCAUGAAUGUCAGUGUGUGGGGUUUCAGGCCAGAGGAUGACGGCCAGCCGAUGUGGGUUACAGUCACAAUCGACUUUCAAAGCCUCAUCACCAGAGAAUGUAGCAAAAAGGAUUAUGAAGAGUGGCUGGCUCACUCUACAAACAAAGGGGACUCUGAGAGAAACGGCUGUGUUCUUGGCAUGAAGGAGACCUAUAGGAGACUGAAGAAGCAGUCUGUGUGCAGAAAUGGGCGAAGCUUUGUGGUUAAAAAAAAGCAAAGCCCCUGUCCGUGCACCAGAGAGGACUACUUAUGUGACUAUGGUUACUUUCGUCACGUGAACACCUCAGAGUGUGUGAGACAGCCAAAUACUCCAAAUAAAAGCUUUGAGAUGUGUCUGGAUGGAGAGGAGGAUGAGCUUCUGACAGCAGGGUACCGAAAGGUCCCGAGUGACAAGUGUGAAGGUGGGUUCACUCCUCAGCAUAUGGUGCAGACAAUCAUCCGGCCAUGCGGGGUUAAACCCACUCUUGACCCUUCAGCCGUGUCCACAUCUCCAGUUGAACAUUUUGACACACCAAAAGAAAGGCUUGUCCUGAUCCUGGUGUCUACAGGAGCAGCUGUUGUAGUCCUGGUGACUAUCAUCUCUGCAUUCCUUGCAGUCAGAAGAGGGGUUUAUAGAACCAGGAUGCCGGCGUAUCGUUUUUCUAACCUACGCAUUCAGGAAGAUAAUGGCUUUACGGCAGACCUGGAGAGUGCCACCAGCAGCAACGGUACGGCCUGCCAGCACGACUCAGACGUGGAUCUCAUUGAAUGACACAAACCUAAGAUCUGGAACACAAAAGGCUCAUGAUUGUAAUGAGUCACAUGGGAAUAAAGCAAACCCGGCUAUAACUUGAACGUGAAAAUAAUAGCUAUUAAUUUAUUUUAUUUUGUGUCUAAUAUAUGUUUUUUUUGUACAGUGUUUUUUUUUUCUUAUUAUAAUGACUUUAGUCCAAAUAUUUCAGUUUUAAUUCUAAAAACCCUGAAAGAAGUUGUGUCUUUACUUUAUGUAUUUGUAUUGACAGUAUGUUUUAAGGCUUUGAAAUAUUUACUAUGCAUUGGGUAUUGGACACUAAAGAAGGAGAACUUCUCAAACUAAAGUUUCUACGCUAUGUCCCAAGAGAAACAGUAGGGGGCGUUGCGAUAUGCCCCCUCUUUCUUACAAGAAGUGAAGGAAAAUACAGGAAGUUGGUGGAGACAAAGAUUUUUUUUGACAGAUGUAUGACUCCUACAGAAAUUGUGAAUUGAAACCUUAUUUGGAUUACCUUUUUUGUAAAUGUAUAUAUAUAUAUAUAUAUAUAUAUA